AUGACAGUCCCACUGUUCUUUGCCCUGGUCAGGCCAUCCCUGGAUGACCCGAGCUCGGGCCCUCAUCAGCUCGGCGAGCUCUGCUGCGCCUGGGUCUCCUAUUCACACACGGCGGCGGUCGGUCGGUGGUUCCUGGUCUCUGGGGCGUCCCUUCCAAAUCCGGCUUCUACGUCUCUCUGUUUAACCUCAUUAGUCACUGCCCGCGGGCCUCCCGGCCUAGCUGGCCUCGUGUCUCAUCCCAGCACAACCCCACAGUCACUCUCUAGUCAGUCGUCUACCGGGGUGUCUGUGGGAUGGUGGGGGGAGCCCACCCUACCCCCGAGCCAUCGGCCCCCCGGGAAGUGGGGGGUUGUCGCCCUCCAAAUCCCUCACCCCAGCCCUCCCCCACAAAGAGCCACGUUCCUCCUCCGCCCCCCCGCCCCCCUGGGCCACGCCCCGCCCCUUCCUCCCCCGCCUCCGAGAGCUAGGCCCCACCCCUCCCCCUCUCCCUCUCCUCACCCCCUCGCUUCCUUCCCGCCCCCGCCAGCCUCCGUCGCUCUUUCCCAGUCUCUCUCCAGUCCUUCCCUCUCUUUCCUCACUUCCCCUACCCACAUCCCCAGGCUAGGCCCCGCCCCCGUCCACCGCUCCCCGCUCCCUUCUUUCUCCCCUCCGCUUCUCUCCUUUUCUUCCCUUCGCGGGCUAAGCCCCGCCCCCCCCAGGCUAGGCCUCGCCCCCGCCACUGCUCCUUCCGCCUUCUCUCGCUCCCUCCUCCUCCCCUCCCCUCCUGGCCCCUCCCCGCCUCCUCAAGAUAAUCUCCUCUCCUCUCCCGGACGGGGCCCCGCCCCCUCCUCCCCGGCUCCUCGACCCGUUCCCUCACAGGCGGCGGCGGCGGCGGCAGCUCUGCCCGGCUCCGGCUCCAGCCCGGCUCGGCCCGGCUUGAGCAUCAUGGACUUCAACGUGAAGAAGCUGGCGGCGGACGCGGGCACCUUCCUCAGCCGCGCGGUGCAGUUCACAGAAGAAAAGCUUGGUCAGGCAGAGAAGACUGAAUUGGAUACUCACUUAGAGAACCUGCUUAGCAAAGCUGACUGCACCAAAUACUGGACAGAAAAAAUUAUGAGGCAAACUGAGGUGCUAUUGCAGCCAAAUCCUAAUGCUAGAAUAGAAGAGUUUGUUUAUGAGAAGUUGGAUAGAAAAGCUCCAACUCGUAUAAACCACCAAGAACUCUUGGGGCAAUUCAUGAUUGAUGCAGGGAAUGAGUUUGGCCCAGGAACUGCUUAUGGUAAUGCCCUCAUGAAAUGUGGAGAAACACAAAAACGAAUUGGAACAGCAGACAGAGAACUGAUUCAUACAUCUGCAAUAAACUUUCUUACUCCUUUAAGAAACUUUAUAGAAGGAGAUUAUAAAACAAUUGCUAAAGAAAAGAAACUACUGCAAAAUAAAAGACUUGAUUUGGAUGCAGCAAAGACCAGACUGAGGAAGGCCAGAAAUUUAGAUGCUAAAGUCACAUGUGAACAGGAAUUAAGAAUAAUUCAGAGUGAAUUUGACCGUCAAGCAGAGAUUACCAGACUCCUUCUGGAAGGGAUCAGCAGUACACAUGCCCACCAUCUUCGCUGCCUGAAUGACUUUGUGGAAGCCCAGAUGACUUACUAUGCUCAGUGCUACCAGUACAUGCUGGACCUGCAGAAACAACUUGGGAGCUUUCCAUCUGCCUUCAUAUCUAACAACAAUCAGGCUCCCACAUCUUCCAUGUCCAGCGUUGCCUCCGCUGCCUCAUCAGCCCCAGUAACCUCCUCUAUGUUGCCUUCAACAAGUAGCACAAUUGUCUCUCCCAUCCUCAGUGACUUGAAGGAAUCCAGCGGAAGCAGGAAAGCCAGGGUUCUCUAUGAUUAUGAUGCUGCAAACAGUAGUGAAUUAUCACUUCUCGCAGAUGAGGUGAUCACAGUAUACAGUAUCGUUGGUAUGGAUUCAGACUGGCUGAUGGGUGAAAGGGGAAAUCAAAAGGGCAAAGUACCAAUUACUUACUUAGAACUACUCAACUAAGUGGAGGCUCCUAUCCAGACUUCCAGUUAUGGCAAUAUUUAUAAAUGAUUAACUGUGUAAAGCAGGUUCAAGCGUCUUCCAUGUUAAUGUCUUAAAGAGACUCAGAAACUACCAGCCAUCAGAACUAGGCUUUUCUGCCAAUAAUGUUGCAUGGUAGAUUUUUCAUUGCUUCAGAUUUGGUGUUAAGAGCUUUUUACUUCGUGCCAAGGAUGUUUUCUUACAGGAUUCUCUGUUUCUACUGAAGUUUUCACUAACAGGGGGAUUCUACUUUUGAGUAAACUAGAUCGAAAGCAGGAGAUCUGUUUUCUACUGAAUUUUUCACUAACGGCAAGCUUCUUCCUUUAUGUAAAAUAAAUUUAUUGUGAAUUGA